AUGGGGAAGACCGUACAAGACGGUGCUGAGAAAACUCAGGCCGGCGGCUCCCCCGAUAACCGAGAACAUGGAUCGGGAACUACUAGCACGGGUGAUCGACACGCUGUUCCCACGACCGGAAGAAGAAGGAGGCGAAGAGGAGGAAGACUCCCCGAGGCGCCAGGAGGAUACGGAACAGGCCCCUCCAGAGGAGAGGGGAUGCACUCGGAGCGGCGGCGGCGGACCGGCGACGGAUCAACCCGGAGCGCACAUAACGAGGGAGGAACUGGAAGCAGCCACCAAGAAGAUGGCUGCCAAGGACGUGGCGCCGGGGCCGGACGGAAUCCCCGGGCGGGUGUGGGCGGAGACCAUGGACAUCAUGGCCCCCCGCCUGCUGCAUCUGUACAACAGGUGCCUGAGGGAAGGCGCAUACCCCCGGGCGUGGAAGGUGGCGAGGCUGGUGCUGCUGAGGAAGGAGGGUCGACCGCCGGAGUCCCCAUCGGCGUACAGGCCGAUAUGCCUCCUGGACGAGGUGGGCAAGCUCUUCGAGAGAGUAAUCGCCUCCCGUCUGGGGGCGCACAUGGAGUCCAGGGUACCAGGCUGGCACGACAACCAGUUCGGGUUCCGUCGCGGGAGGUCCACCAUCGACGCGAUCCGCAGAUUGAGAGAGGGGGUGGAGAGAGUGGUGGCUCGAGAAGGGAUCGCGAUAGCGGUCUCCCUGGACAUCACCAACGCCUUCAACUCGAUCCCGUGGAGCAAGAUCAGAGAGGCCCUGCGAUUCUUCGAGGUUCCGGGGUACCUCCGGAGGAUAAUCGGGGCAUACCUCCGGGAGAGGUGGAUAACGUACAGAUCCACGGAGGGAGAGGAGAGAAGAGCGGUGGAGCGCGGGGUGCCGCAGGGCUCGGUCCUGGGACCGAUGCUGUGGAUAACCGCCUACGACUACGUGCUCCGCACCCCGAUGCCCAGAGGCACGGGACUGAUCUGCUACGCGGACGACACCCUGGUCGUGGCAGGAGGGCGCUGGUGGUACGAGACGGCGGAGGCUGCCACGGAGGCCACCCGGCGAGCGGCGGGGGCCAUCGGAGAACUGGGGCUGAAGGUCGCCGCGGCCAAGACGGAGGCGCUCGGGUUCUACGACGGAAGACGCAGAGGACCGCCCCCGGAUGGACUGACGAUCGACGUGGACGGGGUAGGGGUCCGGGUGGGGAGCCAACUGAGGUACCUUGGCCUCAUCAUCGACGACCAAUGGUCGUUCGAGCCCCACUUCGAGAGCCUCGCCCCAAAGGUGGCGGCAGCGGCCAACGCCCUGUGCGGCAUCCUCCCGAACAUCGGAGGCGCCGGGAGAGGGGUGCGCAGGCUGUACGACGGGGUGGUCAGAGCCCGAGCGAUGUACGGUGCGCCCAUCUGGGCGAGGGAUCUGGCCGCGAGCAGGCGAAGUCAGGCACUCCUGCGGGCGGUUCAACGCACCACCGCUCUGAGGAUAGCGAGAGGGUACAGGACGGUGUCGCACGCGUCCGCGACCGUCCUGGCGGCAUCCCCUCCAUACGCGUUGCAAGCCCUGGCCCUUCAAAAGGUGUACGGAGCCACGAGAGUCAGGGACGGGGAUCGAGACGAAGACCCUCUGCAGGUGAGGAAGGAGAUAGAAGAGGAGACAUGGGAGAGAUGGCGGCUCCUACUGGAGAAGGAGGCGAGGAAGACGUCCCACCGCGCGGUAGACGCGGUCCUGCCCGUCUGGGACAGGUGGAAGGAAGCGCGGGGCGUUCCGCUGACCUACAGGCUGACCCAGGUGCUCACCGGGCACGGAGUGUUCGGGGAGUUCCUGAAGAAGAUUCGGAAGGAGGUGACCAACAUCUGUCACCACUGCGGGGAGGCGGAGGACAACGCCCAGCACACUCUGCAGCACUGCCCCGCGUGGGCCAUGCAGAGACACACCCUGACGGUGAAGAUCGGGGACGACCUGUCCCCGAGGAGGAUCGUGGAGGCGCUGCUACGUAG